AUGGCAACGCUUCCGAUUUUUUCACCCACUCUUCCCUUUCUAGGGUUAAUACCGGGUGGUUUAAGCCCGGGCCGUAUGCUGCGCAUCAAGGGCAUCAUUAACAACCAUGGAGAACGUUGCCACAUUCACAUCCAAGCCGGCGCUGCCGUAAACCCGCGAGAUGAUGUCCCGCUGCAAAUUAGCAUCAGACCGAAUGAGCAUGCGAUCGUACGCAAUUCGAUCCAGAAUCAGGUGGUUGGACACGAGGAACGGUACGGCGGCUGUCCGAUACGGUACGGUGAAAGUUUCGAUCUGUUGAUACUGGCCGAAGCGUCAUUGUACAAACUAGCCAUCAAUGGGAUGCAUUUCUGCACGUUUGCCCACCGAUUGCCGAUGCACAACGCGCGUUACAUUUCGGUCAGCGGUGGUGGAGCUAUUUAUUCGAUCGUUUCCGAAACGGACGUACCGGGCUCGGUACCAGUGAAUCCUUAUCCACCACCACCGUUUGUGCAACAUCCAACACCGUACGCUCCACCGAUUGGCUUUGUGCCGAAUGCGCCACCGUCGAGCUUACCGCCACCACCACCAUACACACCGUUGCCGACGCAUCCGAUCGGUGGUGGAGGUGGCCACUAUCCAGGAGUCGGCAUAUACCCACCACCGCCACCGCCGCCCCAACCCGGCUAUCCGCAUCAUCCACCGCCGGGAGCCCAUCCACCGGCCGUGCCCUUCUCGCACACACCAAUUGGACCAUCUGCUGUGGAUAAAGGGAAUCAGCUUAAGAUAAAAAUUCCUCUUAACCAAUCGAUUGCUAGUGGUGUACAGCAAACGCAAGAUUUUCUCCGGAACGCAAUCGGCGACAAUAAACCCGUCAAGGGGAAUGCUAGUCAUUCCGUUCAUGCUUCUCAUCCUCACGCUUCAGGUGUACAGUUUGGUUUCGUGACGAUGCCUCCUACACAGCCUGCAGUGAGCCCGGGAUAUGGGGGUCCAGUUUACCCAACGGCCCCACCACCACCACCGGCAGCUUUCAACACACCCGGAAGGCCAAAGCUCCGUCAUCAGCCGGAGAGUUACAAAGCCUUAGCCGGAAAGACAGCUUUAGCGGCCGGUACAACGGCUGCCUUAGCUUCUAAAGUCCUUCCUAAAGGGAAAACCAAAAAGUUACUAAAGUACGGUGCCGCAGCGGGUGUAGCUGGUCUUGGAGGUUACGCACUGUCCAAGGCGAUACGCCGUAAGGGCAGUAGUAGCAGCAGUAGCAGUAGCGACAGUGAUUAG